AUGGUCAACACAUCCCACUCCCGCUCCGUCCGCGGCACUCUCUCGCGCCCAUCUUCUUCCUCAUCCUCCUCCUCCUCCCAAAAGCCUCCCCCAAGCCUCAGCGACGCCACAAGCCUAACCCCCGAAAACGCCUCUCUCCCGCUUCCACCCCACGACUCGGCCCCUCCACCGUCUACCCCUUCUUCCCCCUCAGCCUCAGACUCAGCUUCUCCCGAAGCCCCCACGCCAAGCACCCCUUACCACACCCUGGGCACCGCAGCAGGAGGCGGGGAUAAGAGGGCUGUGGGGAAUCGUGCCGCUGGGACUUCCGCCUGCGAUUUCACUCAGGGUGCCGCUAGGGAUUCCACCGACGCUUCACCCGACACCACCGCUAAACACACCGCUGGCAAUGCAACGGUGAAGGAAGAGGGAGAGAGGAGGCUAGAGGGAAAGGGAAAAGGAGAAGAAGAAGAAGAACCCCACAGUCGCCAAGUCCGAGGCACACUGGGGAAUAAGAAGCCCGAGGGAAGAGUGGAGAAGACAAUGUUGGGGGAUCCGGCGAGUUUAGUGGUGGAGAGGAAGGAGGGGGUCGGGGAGAAAAUGGAUGCGGGGACGGAGAGGGAGGGUGUGGAGAAGGGGAUGGGGAAGAGGGAGAGUAAGUUGUAA